AUGCAGUGCUCAGUAAUUCUGGAAAGGGGCUGUAACAGUAAAAUGAAGACGUUAAACAGUUUUAAGAGCCCUUACACAAAGGAGUCCCGUCUUGACAACAUUGUUGAUCAACUGUGCACAAGACUUCAAGACAUCAAGGACCAAGAGAGCUCAACUCUCUUAGGAAUGCCAACUUGUUCCUUAGAGCAAACUGAGGCUGUUCGUCGAUACUACGCUGCAUUCCCGGCUCUGAAGAAAGCGCAAGAGUCGCCAUUGCAGUACUAUUUGCCGCCGCCAGCUUGGUGUCGUAAGAACGACACAAAGGUCAAAAUGCAGAGUGAAUUGGCAAUAUCGCAGGAUUGGAAUUGCAAAAAUAAAAAGUUUUCAUUGGGCAAAGAGCGGCGCAACUCAUAUCACGGUCAAAAGAAGAACAGCAGAAAACGUUACAAUAGUUACAGCCGAUCUUUCGAGAGCAAAGAGAACAUGCCGGAGUGGAUGACGCACGAAGGAGUUUGGGACAUCGAGACACAGGACCCCGUCAAGGAGUUCAUUCGGGCCAUCGCCUUCGACGAGGGCUACGCUACUUGCGAGAACACCGUCACCGACGAGAUCAAAGAGAUCAGCCAAGCCCAGUUUCGCUUGAACGACAACAUGGUGCCCGACUGGGACGACAGCCUAGAUCUCGACGCCCACUGGGUCAUCGCCGAAGACCCGACCCCGAGGGCGAGGAGUCCGAUGGACGAGGAACUCUACGCGAAAUUCGAGGCCAAGUUCGAUCGCAGCAUCGAGGCUCUCUGGUCGAAAGAUCAAAACACUCCGGACGACGAGUAUCAAGAUCUGCCGAUCGACUUCCAAGACCUCCUGUCGUCUCCCUCCGACCGCCUGUUCGCCGAACCGUCCGCCGAGAAGAGAAGCCUGUUGACGGAGAGCAUCUGGUCCACGAACUUCCCGGUCGUCCGGCCGCCGAAGACAGAAUCUCCCUCGAAGAUAGCCGAAGGCCUGCACGAUCGUCUUCGCCCGUUGAACAUAAAGGAGCCGGAGUGCCCCCGCGAGUUGGAAUCGUUCAGUCUCUACGAGGGCGAGGAGCUCUACGACGCUGUGUCGACGGUCGCCAAGACGAUGCGCUCCUUCACCGCGAUCAACCACAGCCGCGACAACAGCGGAUUCGUCGAGGUACCCCCGCGGCCUCGCAGAGACCGUCUCGCCCCCGUCCUCCGGCCCCCUCCGCCGCCCCGACCCCGGCCACCGCCGGACACCGACCGCGAGGAUCCGCUCACCUCGUCGCGCACGCACUUUCGCCCGAUACGCGGCGAGCCGGAGACCGAAGCGCCCCGAUACGCCGACGGCGACACCUUCGACAUCUGCGGCGACUACGACCCUGUCGAGUUCGAGCGCAGCCCGUCCGGCGGCCUCUACCUCGAGGGCACGCGCGAGCGCUACUUCGAGUACCGCAUGCCGAACGCGAUCGACUACGGCCGGCUCAACCUAACCGAGGCGCAGCGCUGCCCGGACCUGGAGGACACGAGAUUCAAACUGCGGUUCCCGGUGCGGCAGACGGAAGCGGCGGUGCAGACGGAGCGCGGAGACGCGUGGGCGUGCGACGAGUGCGGCGGCUCGGCCAAGAAGAUGAGGCCUAGCGGGAUCGAGAGCAUCUGGAGCGACGCGCGCGUUUGCGAGUGCGUCGUGGAGCCCGGGCCGAGCGGCGCGUCCGUCCCGCCGGAGGAGCUGUCGCGGGACUGGGAGGAGCUGCUGUCGGACAUCAGCGCCGCGCACCGCAUCGACGUCACUCGGCCGCGCUGCGUUGCGGGGGGAGGCGCCUCCUGCAACCACCCUCACGCUCGCUUCCUCCACUGUUGCGAACCGGCCCUGGACCGCCCGCUCACCCGGUAG